AUGCUCGCAAGACAAUUUAUACCAAUUGGUGCAAACGUUUUAAAGAACAGUGCAAAACCAUUGUUUACGUUACUAAGUUACAACCUUUUGUCACCCUCAUACAUGUGGCCUCAGGUGUAUACGUAUGUGCCUGAGAAAUAUAAGGAUUGGAACUAUAGACAUAAACUCCUCGAACAGGAGUUGCUAGAUAAGUAUAGAGCUGACAUUAUGUGUCUCCAGGAGCUUACAUCAGAAGAUUAUAGUAACUUUUGGAAGAAAGCUCUUCAAACUAACAUGAACUACGGGUCAAACUAUAUUGCCAAAACCCCGCCGCAAUAUUGGAAGAGACCAGUUGAGCAAAUGGACGGUGUUGGCAUAUUUUACAAUCUGGACAAAUUUGAGUUCAUUUCCAGGUCUGGAAUAUAUCUUAAUCAAUUACUUGGUGUUUUCAGUAAUAAUGAAUUAGAGUAUCUCGAAAAAAAGCCAGUUACAUUGACUGAUGGGGCCGGUAAUCAAGUCGGUGAGCAAAGUUUGCUCCAAAUCCUAAAAUCAAAAAAUCAAGUGGCUUUAUUCGUAUCAUUAAAACAUAAAGAAACCGGUAAUGUUUUUGUCGUUAUAAAUACACAUCUGUAUUGGAAAUACGAUGAUGUGAAGUUAACUCAAUGUAUGAUCAUUAUGAGAGAACUGGCUAGAAUAAUUGAAAAACAUUUAGUCGGUUUAGAGAAUGUAACUGAUGACAAGAUUAAAAUUUUAUUCACUGGAGAUUUAAACUCAACAUCAGACUCAUUAGUUAUAAAUUUCUUAAAGGGUCAAAUUGUUAGUCAUGAUAAUCUGAAUGUUAUAAAUCCUAUGAAGCCUUAUUUAGAACAUUGUGUCUAUGAUGAUGUACCAGAAGAGUUAUUUACUCACACAUGUUAUUCAGGAAAACUGAAGGGUAUUUUUGAUUACAUAUGGUACCACGACACAGACUUCAAAUUGAGACGUAUACUAUCUGGUAGAGAAGUAUCUCAUGAGCUUGCAGCUUUGAAUCAAUUUGGUCUACCAAACGAGAAUCACCCAAGUGAUCAUAUUCCUUUGUUUACAGAAUUUGAGAUUCUGUGA